AUGUCUUCUUGGUUCACCGCAGGGUUGUUACUCUCCGCUCGUUUUCUACAAGCAUUCGCUGCAGUUACCCCAUUCAGCACAGUCGGGUCUAUAGAUGGACUAUCGGCAGGCUCAGAAUUCAACUCUGGCGGCACUCUUUCAGUCAAUGGAUACAGCAUCACCGUCCCAGACAACUUGAUCGUCCAGUUCCCAGCAGCCUGGGUGCCCUGGAAGGAUGUCGUUGCAGCAGGAUUCAACGGCUAUGAAGUUUCAGUUGUCGGCAACGUCGUCGAUGGCAGAGCGAUUGCAGGCCAGAUCGAGCUAGCACAGUUGUUGCUGCAUGCUGGCAGUGGCUACGUCGAGUCUAUAAACAACGCUGCGGGUUCCAUGAAGAUCGCAGGCGGCCCUACAAUCAAGAUCAAUGAUCCCAACAAGGUCUAUUCGGUCGGCUACACUGGCAACCCGCUCUUCACGGCCGACGACGAGAACCCUUCGAUCACUGCGUUCAGUGGAUUCCCUAUGUGUAUUCCCAGGUCCGCCAACGAUGAUCUCUGCCCGAGCUCGAACCGUCCGGCCGGCCAACGACGCUUCACUGCGCCCGACCCUCUGAAGAUGGCGCCUUUUGCAGUGGGAGACUUCCUCGAGUUCUCCGGUAUCAAAGUUGGCGGCGAGAUUAUCUGCUUUGAGAUCGCGGCUCUGAACGUGCAAAUCCUUUCCAGCAGCCCAGCUUUCAUUCGCAUGGAGGAUGCCAUCAUUGGAGUUUACGACGGCCAGGCGAACGCGGAGUGGGGCGACUCAAGGUUCAUUGGCGUCCUCUCCGACUGCUCGGCCUCAGUGACCAUCAGCGCCAUCGAUGUGGAUCCCUGCACAGGUGAAGAGACCGACCGUACCAUUGGCAGCGCUUCUCCUAAGGCAGGCGACCCACGCUGCAAGUGGACCUUCCGCGCCGAUUCCACCACUCUCUCCAAGUACACUCGCGAGUAUCGCAUCAAGGUCUCGACAGGCACCAAGAUGACCCAGAACGGCAUAAUGGCGGGCCAGUACGUGCAGCCAGUGACAGAGUGGAUCUUCCCUGAGCUUGCUACACCUGGCGCUGAGCCGCCCCUGCACACUUUCAACCAGUUUACCCACCUUGUGAACGGUAUCGUGGACGGUGAGCGACAAUUCGGGCAGCUGAAGCCCUGGCCCGGUGCCAACCCCCCUGCACCCGCGCAGGCCUGCUCCGGCCCUGUGACACCCGCCGAUCCUGCACCCGUUACGCCCCCUGAGACCACCCCGGGAGACACCACUACCCCCGUCGACCCCGUCGCACCUGUCGUCGAGGCCCCCGUCGCCAACGCCGGCGUAGAUAUUGCCCAGCGCCCCGGCGUGCUUGUCACCUUACAAGGCUCAAACACCAAUGAUAAAAUCGCAGCCGCCGACCUUGUCUACGCCUGGACGCAGAUUUCCGGACCCACGGGCAUCACACUUGCGGGCGCAAACACCGCGAAGGCAACCUUCACGGCACCCACGCAGGCCGACGCAGUCACGAAUCGCGAGUUCCAGCUCACGGUCUCAAGGAAGUCAGACGCUACCAUCAAGUCUACCGACACCGUGGUCGUCAAGAUCGACAAGGCGAUCAAGGACGUUGUGACUAUCACCUCGUACACACAUACCAAUUCGAACAGCGGCACUAUCUCUGUGACGGCGCAGACGAACGUCAUAGAUGGCAGCGUCACAUCUAUGAGCCUUGUGCUAUCGGGCAGGACCACCGUCGCCAUGACGAACCAGCAGGGUGGCAAGUGGAGCUACAAUGCGCGCAGCACGAACAGGCCCACGAGUGUGCUGGUCAGGAGCCCGCUUGGCGGCACUGACAGCAAGACGGCGGUGACGGCGAAGAGGAGGUCGGUGUUGGAGAGACGGGACGAAAUGUCUGCUGCCCGCUUGUAG